CAAACUAUAGCUAGCAAAAGUGUUGAUCAUUAAUUUGCAUACCUCGAAGACUUGUUCUUGCCUACCCUUUCUUCUUCAUUUAAUUCCUUAGUUGAUUUUGGAGAUGCCAAAGUUUCAAAGAUUUAGAGGAGUGAGGCAAAGGCAUUGGGGUUCAUGGGUCUCUGAGAUCAGGCACCCCACUCUAAAGACAAGGAUAUGGUUGGGCACAUAUGAGACAGCGGAGGAUGCGGCGCGAGCUUACGAUGAAGCGGCUCGGCUCAUGUGUGGACCAAGAGCCCGAACCAACUUCCCCCUUGAUCAAAACUCAUGGACCUCAACCUUCACGCUUUCACCCGGGCUCAUGGCGAAGUUGGAGAAAUGUUGCUUGCCAUCGUCAUUACAAGGUGAUGGCGAUAGAUCAGGGAAAGAUGAGAAAGGCAAGCACAAGCAAAUAGUGGAUGAUCAGUACAUCGAGGAGAUGAUUGAAGAACUGACCUAUAAUGGUUCUUUCGAGAUAUCUACCUCUAAAUGGGUUUCUUCUCUUGUCACUCGUGAAUGAUUCGAAUUCAAAUGGUUAUAUAUACUUGUGAAUGAACUGUAGUGGUAUAUUUUAUUUAGUGGUAUUGAUUGUUGUCUUGAUUAUGUGGUUAGUUUGAUACAAGUAAAAUAAUGAUCUAAAAUGAGAGAGUAAAUUCAACUUAAUUACUACUAAAUUAUGAAGCGAAGAAUCAUGGGUAUUUGAUGGGCCCAAUUAAGUGGGCCUUCUAAAAAAGUAACCGGGCCGAA